AUGGGUCUACUCCUACUCCUGGUGCUCUGCACCUUGGCCAUGAGCUGCACCACUACAUCUGUGCCCCUGAAGGUCCCCAGCCACUUGCCUUUCCUCCUUCGUGGCUGCAAUGAUGCAGAUAUGCUGGCUAUGGCGGCAUCUGUCCUGCAGGACAUCAAUAACUACCUAAAGGAAGGCUAUGUGCUGAGCCUCAACCGAGUGAGCGCUGUCCAAGAACACAGACAGGAUGGUCUGGGAUCUCUGUUCUAUUUCACACUGGACGUACUGCAUACUACCUGCCAUGUGCUCAGCAAGAAGCUGUGGAGGGACUGUGAGGAGAGGCACCUGCAUGAACAGGUGUAUGGCAAAUGCAAAGCAUUAUAUUAUGUGAACAUGCCACUAAGAAUUCUUUAUUUACCUGCUUAUAACUGUACUCUUCGCCCAGUUUCUCGAGGAAAGAUUCAGAAUAUGUGUCCUGACUGCCCCAUCCCCGCUAACUUGUCAGAUCCCAAAGUUUUGGAAACUGCCACAGAGACACUUGCAAGUUUCAACAAGGACAGUGAAUCAGGGCAAUAUUCUCUUGUCAAAGUCACCCGGGCUUCUAGCCAGUGGGUGUUUGGCCCCUUCUACUUUGUGGAAUAUUUAAUCAAAGAGUCACCAUGUAUCAAAACUGAAGCCAGCAGUUGUGGAUAUCAGCCCACUCACUAUGGGCCUGUUGGUAUUUGCAGAGGUACUCUGCAUCGAAGAUUUGAAGUAAAGCUUGUCAAUAUAAAUUGUGACUUCUUUCAAUCACAGCUGGCUCCCCUUGAAACAUUCCAUCAGAAAGGCAUAGAACAGCUUAGCCUGGUACCAGCCACAGAAGAGAUUUCCCUAGAGAACAUUCCCUUAUUGAAAGCAUUUUUAUUUCAGGCUCUCACCCCUAGAAGGAGAAAAUUCUCUGUUUACCAGAGAAACAAAAAACCUACACACUCAACCUCCAAAGAUGUGCUAAGCGGAUCUGUCCAGUACCUUCCUGAGCUGGAUGAUGAAGAAUCUCAGGAAACGGAUCCUGCUGAGGCCUUCCCUGUGCACCUGGAUCUAACCACAAAUCCCCAGGGAGAACCGCUCAAUGUUUCCUUCCUCUUCCAUGGGCCUAUGAUUAAGAAGCUGUUUGUCCUACCUUUCCCCAAAGAAGAACAACGCUCUGCUGAGUGUCCUGGAAAAGCCUCCAUGAGCAACCCUAUUCUUCUCCCACCAUGA